AUGGUUAGGAGCGAGGGGUCGUGGCUGGCCGUACUCACCUUCUGCGAAGAAGUUAUUUCGCAGAAGGAGGCGGCGGAGAGGGACCGGGAGUAUGAUCUCUCGGCUCCAAUGAUCCGCCGCCGGAGGACCAGGCGUAGGCGUCGGGACGCACCCAACUCCGUCCCGAGCCUACCCCCCACGGGGGCCGGGGUGCAUGCCUUGAGGGAGGCAUCACCCCACAAUCAGGCCCCAGGAGGCGUGCGCGUGUACCCACGCGCCUCCACGAGAUGCGGCUGCACUGUACAGGGGGUCACCCUUGCCCAGUGUGUCCGCUCCGGGGGAAACCCCGGAGUAGUUUUUGAGGCGCUAGCCUCCCAAACACCCUCCCAACUUAGGUUGGGAGUGGUCAUCUGUUGGUUGCAGGCUGAGUUCCAGCAGGCACCAAACCUACUUUCUCCCGUUCCCCGGGGGGGUAAUGAGGAGUUUCCAUCCCCUUGGUCUGCUGAGUUCUGGUCCAUGUCAGACUCAGUAACUGAGGCGGAUUUGGAGAUGGAGGACCAACCGGUGAGGUCGCGGCCCGUCUCGCGGCCCAGGUCACGGGCAUCUCGUCCGUCAUCGGCGUCGUCGACGCGCUCGACGCGCUCGACGCGAUCUAUGUUGGUGGAGGACGAGUUGUCCGGAUGUUUGGUGUCCCGUGAUGACGGGCUCACGAGGACGGCCGUUGCUAAGCGGCCACACACAGAUGGGGCGGGUCCCUCCGGGGCGAUGGGUAGUGGUACCCAACCAUCUAAAAUACCCUGCUCCUCGUCCCGGGGCGGAAAGCCUCCCUCAAAUACGGAGAGAGAGAAGGCUCCUGCGACAUUGCCGGUGUCCCAGCAGGAAAGCCGACGGACCGGGAUCCUCCCUGAUGGCGGCGUGGUGUUUGUCCGCCCCAAGGAGGUCUCUUCAGCGAAGAGGGUGGAGCCCUCUAAGGGUGAGAUGGACUCGCUCGCCGUCUUCAGGGAGGAGAUGGGAGACAAACUGCGGUCAAUCCUGCACACCGUGCAAAAGUGCCGCAACAUAAAAGGUGCUGAGGUGGGCCUCCUAAAGAAAAAUAUAGGAGAUAUCUUCCUCAUGGCAGAGAGGUUGGAUCCCGAGGUCCCUGUGGAUGAAACCUUCUCCACGUGGGCGGUCGAGCGGCGGAGCGUCAACGAAGAACUGGCCAAGCUCCGCAAGGCCAACGAUGACCUUCGUCGCCAAGUGGAGGAACUUACCCGCCUGGCUAAGUCCCAACCCCGAACCCUUUCGGCUGCCUCCUCGGCUCCCAAGGAACCGACGAAGAGGAGCAUCACAGUCCCGGCUCCUGCGCCGAGUGAUGUCGAGGCAUUCAGGGCGGAUAUCUUGGAGUCGGCCGGCCGUUUAAUUUCGGCCCAGGUGGAGGAACAGAUGAGGAAGGGCUUCAUCCAGUUGCGGGCCCUUCUGGACAAGUCCUCCCCGGCGCCGACUAUCCGCCCUGAGUACCGCCCGCCACUUCAAAGCGACGGGCAGUACGAGGUUCUGUCACGUCUGCCUGGCGCAGGGGGACCAGGAUUUAGGGACGCUCCCCAUCUGCAGGGAAGUCGGGGUGCAGACUUCCCACGUCUGGAGAAGCGUCAGCCCGCCAACCGUCCGGUUUCCGACGGUCAGCAGCCGGGCCCGUCGGGCGUGGGACGCGCGCAAGAAGGGUGGAACACGGUGGUGAAGCGGGGCGGUAAAACCCGCACCGUCCCCGAGAGACAGACUCAGAGCACCCAGAGCACACAGAGGAGCUCUGGGGCUGCCUCUCAGGGAAGGAAGAACAAGCAGGCCCCGCCAUCACCGUCCAAACUGCGUGCACCGCGAUCAGCGGCUGUGGUGGUUACCCUCGCUCCGGGGGCGGAGGCUGGCGGGCUGACGUACACGGAUGUGCUCAAGGAGGCGAAGAGCAAAAUAGACCUCGCCUCCUUGGGGAUUGGAAGCUUACGCUUUAAGACCGCGGCUACUGGGGCCCGUAUACUGGAAAUACCAGGGUCCCAGACGGGAGAACAGGCCGACGCGCUUGCGUCGAAAUUCCAAGAGGUUUUCCCGGCGGAUACCGUCCGCAUCUCCAGGCCCGUCAAAACGGCCGAAAUGAGAAUGAUGGGUCUGGACGACGGUACCGACGGGAAGAGGUGGCAGCCGCCGUAG